AGUUCAAUAACAUUAUCAUUAACAAUUUGUGUGUUUAUUUUUUUUAUAUAUGUUAGUAUUUAAUGCUUUUUGCGGAUGUACUUGCAACUUGCUUUCUCAGCUAUUAGCUAAUCUUUUUAAUAUCGAUUUCACAGUAUGUUAUUAAAAUAUUAAUUACUAUGGUGAACGUAAAAAGUUGUUUUGAGACGUGUACACACUGAAUCGUUACAAAAACCAUCAAACAUGUAGGUACCUACCUACUCGUCAAAUUACCGCCGUUUUUUUUAUUUUAUUUUCGGUUUUUAAGGGCCGUUUAGGCGUAUUACCGCAACUACCUAUUGCCUCCAUCAAUAAUCCCUCUCGUUCGCUAAUUUCAUCCAAUUCUACUCCAAUACUGCUCUAGUCUUUGCCGAUCCUAUCUCUGUCAAUCAAUACUUGUACCGUACUCUUCGCCAUUAGUUUUAGAUAACCAUUUUGCGGCCAAACCAAUAAUUUCUACCGACUUUCAUUCUUGUCCAACCCAGCUCAAUCUACUACUCCUGUGGCCUUUUAUUUCUCCAUCUAGUUUAUCUGUUUCUCGGUUUUCCUUUAUUUCGUAUUAUCCUCUGAUGAUUUUUUUUUGGCCCAAAUUCAUGAUCUUUAGGAUGCUUCAUUCAUUCAAAUGUAGUUAAUUUAUUUUUAUCUGUUUGUAACUCAUGUACCGCAUGUAUAAAAGAUUAUAGGUCUCACUAGAACUUUAUAUAAUGUUAUUAUUGUCUUUUAUCGAUGAAAAAAUUGUUAUCUAGUUAAUCAUAUUACGUUUGUAUGUACCUACCUAAUAAUUACUCUUGGCUAUAUUGCCUCUUUCAAAUAGAUAAUUCAAUAACAAAACUCAAUCAAAAUUACUGAUACAUACUGAUACUACUGAUACUACUUACAAACCAAGUAUGGCACCAAAAGCUUCUUCGGCCACACUUCGCCUGAAACAAGAUUACUUAAGAUUGAAAAAUGAUCCUGUGCCAUAUGUAGUUGCAGAACCAAACCCGUCCAAUAUAUUGGAAUGGUAAUGUUGCUGUGUUUGUGCAUGAGGGGAAAAAUAAUAUUUGUUAAUUUUAUUUUAUUUGGUUAUGUAUAAGGUAUUACGUAGUAAGCGGACCUGAUGAUUCUCCAUAUGCUGGCGGUUAUUAUUUGGGCAGGCUAGUAUUCCCUAGGGACUUUCCGUUCAAGCCUCCUAGCAUUUACAUGAUCACUCCAAAUGGCAGAUUCAAGACCAACACUCGUCUGUGUUUGUCUAUUAGUGAUUACCAUCCAGACACUUGGAAUCCUGCAUGGAGCGUGUCUACAAUACUUACAGGACUUCUAAGUUUCAUGGUAAUUACAAAACAUAAUAAUAUAUUGACCAAACACAGCGAUUUUUUAAUUAAUUUUUAAUGCACAUCAUCUUAAUAACUACUUAUCUAUUAGACAGAAAAAUAUUUUUAAAAUUAAAUAUUUAAUAGGUACAUAUAUAAAACGAUAAAACUAAAACACAAAUACAAAAAAGUAACUUAUAAAGUUUUUAAUUUCAAUAACUGCCUUUUUUACAUAUUUUCUUACCUUCAUUGGUGUGUAUGCCAUUAUCUAAGCUAGCAGUUCUUAACCCAUGGGCCCACUUGUGAGUCGUGGAUACUGUUCGAGGGUCAAGGGUCAGCAAAUUGUAUAUUAUUUAUAUUAUUAUAUAUAAACAUCUACAUCCGAUCAAAAUUUAGUAUUAUAAUUCCACAAUUAUCACUAUCAUAAAAUUUUAUUGAUAGCCGUUUUCUUAUAUAGUAUUCUAGAAUAUUUUUGUCAUUUUAAUCAUACUUUAUCAUGCUCGGUGUAGAGUCUGGCAUUUUGCGAUAUACUUAAUCCCAAGAAGAAAACUAGGUCAAAAAUUCUGUUGUUUUAUUUCAAUUUUAACUUUGUUUUUUAGGUUGAAUACAAUAAUAAACCUCUUUUUUUUUUUUUAUAAAAAUUAAUUUUUAAUUUUCUUGUAUGGUAUGUUUUCCUAAUUACUGACUUAUGUGCAGUAUGCACAUUAUAUAUAUUAAUUAUAUGUAUAUAAAGUGUUCAUUCAUUUUUAUUUUUACCUGUUGUUUAGUUUAGUGGACUUCAAAGUUUUUUUACCUAAAUUGGUGGUCUGCACAACUAAAAAGGUUGAGAACCGCUGAUUUAAGCCUAUACUGGCUAUAUUUAUAGGGCGCAUAUUAAUUUUAUUUUUGGGACACGUAAAAUGUACUUCCACUGUACCUUUAAACAAUUUUAGUUAAUUUUAAUUUAUUAAACCAACAUCACAGUGAAAGUCCUUUUUUUUAUUAUGGCAAAAAUUUGGUUUCUUUGGUAAUAGUUAUUAAGUCUUUUGUCCAGGUAGAUUUUGAGCGUGUUAAAUAUUUUUGUUUAUUUAAAUUGUUUUACAUUAAGUUUUAAACAAAAUUUAAACGUAACCUCAUCCACUUUUAAUAAUGACUUGAUGUUACUUAAUUUUAAGGUCACGUAUUUGUAAUUAUUAGUAGGCGUAAAAAUUUAUAUACAUCUAUUUCUAAGCACGAAACAGUCAAUUUUUUAAAAAAUAUACUUAUGCAUAGAAAUAAAUUCAAUACAAACGAAGUACAAGAAAUUAUUAAAUUAAUAAAUUUAAUUAUUAAUCAAAACUAUUUCCAAUAUAAUAACAAAUUAUAAUCGCAAAAAGAAGGGUUAGUUAUGUGUGAAUUUUUAAGUGUUCUUUUAUCUGAAAUUUACAUGCAGAAUUAUGAAACUAAUAAUAUUAUUAACAAAAAAAUACACAGUCCAUAUAUAAAAGCAUAUUCUAGAUAUGUUGACAACACUUCAUUUUAUUCAGAGGUUCAAAUAGACCAGUAGAAAAUUUAGUUAACUACUUAAACAAAAUACAUAAAACCAUUAAAUUUACACUCAAAAUACAAUUAAAUGAUUAAUUAAAUUUCUUAGACCUUACAGUUUCCAUAAUAAAAAAUAAAUUUGGUUUUAGUAUUUACAGUAAACCUACACAAACUGAUGCUACAAAAUCAUAUGAUUCUAAUCACCCUUAUUCUCAAAAAAUAUAAUUUUUCUUUUUAAUAUUCUAUAGGCUUGAACAUAUUCCAUUAAAUAAACAUAAUUAUUAAGUUCAAUAUAAUCUAUAACAUAGAAAUAAGUUCAAUUUAAAUACUAUUAAAAAAAAUUCAUAAACUUAACGAAAAAAUAAAACACAACUCACCAAAUAACGUUGUCAACUAUUGUAGUAUGAAAUAUCAAAAUAAUGUGUGACGAAUUCUGAACAAUAAUACAAAUAAUGUAAAAAUCACUUUUAAAACUACCUAAUAACAAUUUAAUCAAAUAUAUAAACGAUAGAAUUAAAAACUUCAUAAAAAUUCCACCUUCUUUUGAAAAUGAUGAUAUAUAUAUAUAAAUUUAAAUGCAACUGUAAUGAUUUUUAUUUAUGUAAGAUACAUAGGCAUUUUAAAAUAUAAUAUAAAGAACAUAUUUCUGAAAUAAAAUUUAAAAAAACUGCCCUUAAUUCAAAUUGGCUAAACAUGUUUUAGAAAAUAAUCAUAAUAUACAUUUUUAUAUUAAUACAGAUUUAGAAUUAUUAAAUACACAAAAUAGCAUUUACAUUAAUUCAGUUUUAGAAGAAUUACACUUACACAAUGAAAUAAAGAAAAAUAAUAUCUUAUAUUUAUACAUUUUAAAUAAUAACCAAAUAAUUUAUACUUUUUAACAUAUCUAUGUCUUAUAAUAAUUAAUUUUAAAUAAUCACUACUAUUAAAAUAAAUUAUUUCUUUGUAAAACGACCAAUUUUUAUUAUUUUUUUCUCCCAUGUAUUCCCUUAUUUAUUUUUUCAUAUUCAGUUGUGUUGUACUUUUUGACUUUGUGAUUUACCUGAUGAUGAACUUUUUAUUUCAAACCAGUCGUACAAUACACAUUUCAUAGUACUCCAGGCGACACAUUUAUUUAUUUAUUUAUCUUUAUUUUUUUUUUAAUAAUUAUUGUUUUAAUGCAGCUGGAAAGUUGCCCAACAAUGGGUAGCAUAGAGAUGUCUGACUUCGAAAGACGUCAAUUAGCUGCUCAGAGUUUGGAAGUAAAUAUACAUGAUGAAAAUUUCUGUGAAUUAUUUCCUGACCUUACCGAGGUAAUAUUUCAAAAUGUUUUUUUGUAUCAGUUUAAUAUUUGGUAUGUUUUAUUUUUUUUUUCACUUUUAAUAAUUUGAUUUACUGUUUUUAGACAAUUAAAAAUGAAAUUGAAAAACGAAAUGUAGCUAAAGCUAGUGAAGAACAAUCACCGAGCGCAGAAGGGAGCACACAGGAAACUAAUAUGCUUCACUCAGUUUUUUACAACAGUGUUGUAAUAGUUGCAUUUGCACUAUUCAUAUAUUUAGUUAGAUACGUUCUGUACAAUAUGAAUAUCGAAUAAAAUUUCCUACUCAUUCCCUUUAUUUUAAAAAAAAUUAUAGGAUAAGUUUCACUUCUUUUGAGGACAGAAUUCUGUGUUACAAGUUUUGUUAUAUACUUGCACAAAUGAGAAUAUCAUACACAUGUUUGUAUUGUAAAUUACUGGUAAUAGGAAUUACAUAGUUUGACUGAACAAAAAAUAGCUGUUAUACUGGAUUUGAAAUAUAUUAUAAAUAUAAUUAUAAUAUAUAAGUAUAUUUAAUUCAUUUUUAGGAAAGUAUUUAAAAAGCCAAUGAGAUAUAAUACAAUUUUUAAGUACCCAAUUAUUACAAAUUAAGAGUUGAAAUUGUUUUAAAAUUUAAAAAAUUUACCCUAGAAAAUUAUAUCAUUAUUAGUUAAUUUUUGUUAUUUUGUUUCAUACCCUAUAACUUUAUUACUAGAAAUAACUAUAUUUCAACCAGAAUAUAAAUAUAUUAAUAUAUGAUUAAAACACUAGAAUUGUUAAUAUUUUUUCAAUUUAUUCGUUAUAUUACUUAGUAGAUUUGUCUUUAAAUUUGAAUAAUUAAAUGUGUGAAUGAUUUAGUUACUAGUUUUUUGUUUUGUGGUUAUAUUUGUACAAUACUGUACAAUACUUUUAAUUAUUUAUUGUUAUUGCUUUUUUUAACAUUUUUUUUUCCUUUCAAAAAAUUAUUGUUCCGUUUAAUUUUAAUUUUGAUAAACUUAUAAUUUUUUUUAACAAAUAAUUAAUUUGUAUAUUCUUUGUUUUAAAAUAAUUUAUUAUCUAUUUAGAUAUUAAGUUUAAAGACAAAUAUUUUAAUUAUAUACUUUAAUUAUAUAGUAUACUGGUAAUUAUUAUUAUUAUUAAUUUGGUACUGUUCUCUUUUUACAAUUAAUUAUAUUAUACUGUUUUAUAAAGCAAAAUUUGUUUAGCAAGUUAGAUUAGCAUUAUUAAACUAUUGUAGUAUUAAUAAUUUAUAGUUAUUGAUGUUUGGAUGUAAAGACUUGAAGUAAUAAUUUUCAUAAUCGUAAACGUAAUAAUUUAAAGCCUUGGAAUUUAUUUAAAAAAAUAUAUAUACAUUAUACAUAUAUACUGCCUAUUUACUGAAUGUUGAUUUUAUUUAGUUAAAGGUAUUA